CCCAAUCCAACAAUCAUUUCUCACACCCUCAAAAUUAUCACCGAUAAAUUGUGAGGAAAAAAUAACAAAGAUUUAGAGCUGCAGCAAUGGCAGAAGCUGAGUUAAAGUGGAAAAAUACCGCCCUUCUUGUAAUUGAUAUGCAGAAAGAUUUCAUUCAUCCCGGCGGUCCGGUGCAUGUUAUAGGCGGCGCAGCUAUUGUUCCAAAUGUUGUUAAGGCCGUUGAACAAGCUCGAAGCCGUCAAAUUCCUAUUAUUUGGGUUGUGCGAGAGCAUGAUCCAUUGGGGAGAGAUGUAGAGUUGUUCCGCAGGCAUUGGUAUGCUGCUGAUGAACCAAAACCGACUUCAAAGGGUAGCGUGGGUGCAGAAUUGGUUCAUGGGCUGGUCAUCGAAGAUGGUGAUUAUAAGCUGGUGAAGACGAGGUUUAGCGCCUUUUUUAACACACAUCUUCACUCAUAUCUUCAGGGUGCUGGAAUUAAUAAGUUAGUAAUCACUGGUGUUCAAACUCCAAACUGUAUCCGGCAGACUGUCUUUGAUGCCGUUUCAUUAGAUUAUCAUAAAGUCACGGUCAUUGUUGAUGCAACCGCUGCUGCCACACCUGAUGUACACAUUGCUAAUAUAUAUGACAUGACAAACAUUGGAGUGGCAACGCCAACUCUAGAAGAAUGGUGUAAGAUCGAAGGUUAGCAUGUUUGGCUUGGCUGCGGCUCGGAAGCUGGAGCAACUAUGCUAUUGCUUGGGCAGAAGGCGUUGUCAACAUCAAGUGUUCCGUGUUAUGUAUGGUGGAGAGGAUCCUCUCGUAAAUACAGUUCAUAUCGUUAGCUCAGGAUGUUGUGUGUGUAAACUAUACUGGUUAUUGACGUGUGAUAGAAAUAACCUGUGAUAGUGAUUGUAUAAAUGCAUAAUUAUAUUCAUUUUGUGGUUUGUACCGUGAAUUUGGCAUAAAAAAACAUAUUGCUUUCA